GUGUAUCUAAUAUGUAUUAGUCUAAUUUUGUAAUUUAAUGCUGUUUUUAGAAUCUAAUGAUCUAAUGUAUAUCCAACUCCCAAACCACACACCAGUCCAGCAAGUCAAGAGGAAACAGAGGGCCUGGAAAACCCGCACAUGAUGAGACAUAACUUUUGAGAAAUAAGAGGAAACAGCGCCGGAAGUUGGAGAUCGCAGUGGCCAGCAGUGCGGCGGAAAUCCGACAAGAGAAACCCCGCCUUCCUGCUAGCACACGCUCGUGACGCCCUUUAAUUUUUAAUUUUGUUUUUAUUUAUUUACUGUUAUUUUGUAUUUGUACCGUUUAUGUCAAAUGUCUUGAGAACUUGCUGAAUUGUUUUGUAUUUUUGAAAGUCAAUUUAAAAAAAAUAAAAAUAACACGCUCCAGUCUACACCGAACAAGAAGUCAUAUCACGAAGCCCCGCCCACUACACGCUAGAUUCUAUAGCGGCUUCCGGCUCGAAAACAAAAACAUGCCGAAAGCACAAACAAAGCUGAAACCUUUAAAGGUGAGGCGAGCUGGAGAGACGAAAAAAGUCGGAGUGGCGGCGUUUACUCUGAAAGAGCUGAUCAAGAAAGCAUGCGGUUUAUUUCAGAUGCCUGCGUCGAAGGUACAGUGUUGUUUGUAUGAGGACGGGACGGUAGUGACAGAAGAUUAUUUUCUACAUCUUCCCGAUAACACGGAGUUGGUUCUACUUCCGGAUGGAGAGAGCUGGAACGGAAUGGCAUAUGACCUCAGCCAAAUCCUCGGACUGGACAGACACUCAGAAGAGCUGAUCACCGCCGCGCAACAGCUACUGACCGAUGAGCAUUCAGCUAAAAGAAGAAAAAUCCUCAGUGAACUCCUGUGCAAUCUGAAAGAUAAUGCAGAGCUGGAGAAUAGGGAAGAAGAUGAGGACUGGUUUGAAGGGAUCGACUUAAGAUUUAAGACCAAGUCUUCAUACAUGAAGCACAACUGUGAGCAAAGAAUACGGUCGUACUUGAAAGAGGUGGACAGCCAUGCUCACACUAUUCAGAACGCUAAGCAGAAAAGUGAAUAUCAGAAGGUGGCAGCCAGCAUGGCAGAAAAGCUGAAAUCCAUGCGCUAUCAUGGUAGUUACUUUGACAGGACGGAGAAGGAGCUCCAUCGACUGUGCACUAAAGAGGGCUGGUUCUCCUGCCAGGGUGCUUUUAAUCUGGAUCAAUGUGAAUUGCUCCACUCAAUAAACCCGUAUGGUAACCGCGAGAGUAGAAUCCUUUUCAGCACCUGGAAUCUGGACCACAGGAUUGAGAAGAAGAGAACCAUCAUACCCACUCUUGUCAAUGCGCUUCAAAGUAAAAAGAGCAGUGAUAUAAACCUGGACUAUUUCUACAAGCUGCUAUUCACAAGAGAAAAUCUCAAGCUGGUUCACAUCGUCUGCCACAAGAAAGGAGCUCAUGACCUAACAUGUGAUUCACGCCAAGUGUACAGACGGGUUAAAAGGAAGUGAAGCGGAUAGUGUUUACCUCAUGACUAGAGUUGCCAUAAAUAAGUCAGGAGAAUUGUGGUUUUCUAUCCAGUGGAAAAGAAUAGCAUUUUUAAUGCUUUCCUAAUGUUUUUGAGGUGUGAUUUAUAUUCCCGCAGUUGAUCUUGUUUGAAAAAGAAAUAAGUAUAUUUUUUAACAAUGCACACUUUUUGUAUUCAGUUUUAAAAUGUGAAAUUAAGGAACUGUCCUUGUGAUUUUAUGCAUGAUGUCUGAUCAAUGUUGGUCAAACUUUCUUUAGCACACUCAGGUUAUUGGGAAAUCUUUGUCAA